AGAAGCUGAGUCCACUUCCUUAAACAGGCAUCGUGCACCAGGAGAUACAAAGUCUUUAACAUCCUGUAGGGGGCUUGAUUGGAGGUUUUCACCAAUGACGUUAUCAUUUAUCAAAAGUCUUGUCUUGCGUUAGUAUGUAGGUCACAUGAUUUGGUUCAGGUUAUAUGUCAUCGUUUAGUCAGCCUGAUCAUAAAUCAUCAUGGCUGCCAGUGGUGCAGGACCUGCUUCCCAGAGGUGGCACUGACUGAGGCAGCUGCAAUGAAGAUGGUCCUCCUCGUCUUCCUCCUUACACUCAUUGCAGCUGCAUGUCCACUAAUGGUUAAGGAGAAAUAUGUGAAAGCAGGUGACAUGCUGGUGCUGUACUGCGGUGAGGAACAAUGUAAGAACGGUGAUUCAGUAACAGUCUGGAAGAAGGACACGGACCAGGAGACGUUUCUGUUCAACACGUCUGCAGCUGAGCAGAAGCACAUGGGCAUCCUGGUUUUUGGAAACUGCUUCAUGAUUCUCAACGCAUCUGCAAACCAUCAGGGGAAUUACUCGUGUGAUUCUCGCAGGAAGACCAACAGGCAUAUGGAGUUCAUGGUGACCGUGUACACAGCCCAGUCGAAACAGUAUGAAGAGAGGAACCAGUACCCGAUGACAUGUUGCAAGCAGCAUUCCUGCACAUUAGACUGUCCUCAUGACCUUGCUGUAGAUGCCCCCAAUAUCACAAGCAGAUGCAUCACAUGGGAAAGGGAUGGUGAGCCUUCUCCGUCUUACUUCCCAAGUGUUGGAGAAAAACAUCAUGGUGUCUACACUUGCACAAGGCCUUACUUGUACGCUGGUCAAAUCUACAAUAGGACCUUCAUAGUGCCCCUCAAUGUGAAAGAAGAGGUUUGGGAAAAAUCACAAAUCACUUCACCACAAGACAAACAAGUAUUUCAAGUAGACUUGGGCACAACAGGGGUAAUUAAUUGCGAAGCCAUCACCGAUUCCUGUGAUAAUCUUCUUUUUUGGCUGAGUAACGGCUCAUUCGUGGCAGACGACAACUCAACUCGUGUUUUCAACAAUGACACCUGUAACAUUGAUACUAAAAGGAUGAGAGCAUCUUUAGUCAUCAGAGAGGUGUCAGAAGAGGAUCUGUCCAAGAAUUACACCUGUAAACUUCAAUCUAGCGACGAACAAUGGGUUACCAUAACCCUCACCCAAAAUGCUCGCACUUCCCACACAUCCCUGGUUGUGUGUGCAGUUGUCGUCGUAGUGGUGAUGGUUGUGGCGGUAGUUGUUAUCUAUGUGAAGUUUAAAGAUGACGUCAUCCUUUUCCUAAGAAACGCUCCUGGUUGGCGACGCAGUGGCUCGGCUCUUCAUAUCUUGGACCAGAAUCUCACUUACUGAGCGUCAUUCAUAAAGCCCCUGUGGAGCGACAAACUCUCCUGUUUUUCAUCAUCACUGAGCAGACAGAGGCGUCUACAUCAUCUGCAUUUCCAGAGGCUUUGCACCUUCCUAGCAUAGCUGGAGAUGUGCCAUCUGGCGCGUCAG